GGGCUAGUUAGGCAGCUGAUUGGAGCAGGUAUACGAAAGCUUCGCCUUCGUCCUGCUACCUUCAUUCUCUGUUUUGGUGUCCAUUGUAUUCUACUCAAAUCUACCAGGCAUAUUGGUGGAAAUGAAGAUGACUGCCGCAAGUCCUGAGAAAAGAGGCUAUCUCGUGCAAGAAGAUGAGAAUUUACAACCAAGACAUCACGAUGAGGUCUGGUCGAAAGAAUCAUUUCCUGAAACAAGCAUGCUUAAUAAGGCUAACAUCGACCCGCGUUCAAUGGCGCAAGAAGUUUCGACGAGCGGCCAACGGCUCCCUUCUAGUCAUGACACCCACAAAGACAAAGAUGUAAAGCGCACGGUACCUGACCAAGAGAUUAAGCAGCAGACGAAGAGACAUGAGCAUGAGCAGAUUACCGGCCAAGGUAGAGAAGAAUCAGGCUAUGGGAAAUCAAUUUGUAACCUUUUGACUGGCUUGAGCAGAGGAUAUUCAUCGGUGUCAGAUAGAAAACAGAUACGCGGUCGGCGUAGCAGUUUCGGCAGCUUGAAGCCAUCUUCUCAGCAGCCACGAGUGUUUGAAAAAACAGGAGAGGAUAUUUCAAGUGCGACAGAUCUCGAGGAAAUCCGCAGAUUAAAGAGAAAAAUUGAGGGACUACUCAAGGACAAUGACAGACAUAAUGUGGCGAGAGGCAAAAUUGAAGAUGACUUGAGUGCUAUACGACACCAGAACGACAUAUCGGAAGAUCUAGUACGCAAAUUACAAGCUAAAACGCAACAGCUUGAGUUUGAAAAGAGAGAAAUAGAAGAGGAUCACCACACCUUCAUUCGAAAGCAACAGGAAGCCUCAUUCAACCAAAUGGCAACCCCACUCUGGAUGCCUGUCGAGGAUGGUAAAGUCAUGGGAGAUCUUGAUAGACUCAAGAGAGACAUGAGAAACUGGGCGAAAAAAUCGUCGGUCAAUGAUAUCGAUACUCUCAUCAAAUCUCUUGAUCAGCGCAAAAUCGCAGCUCUGAAGGAGGCCUUGACAAAUGUGGUUUUAUUCGAAAAUGGUAGUCUCCCUUGGGGCUUGUCUGCGAAAAAGUCCCCAAGUUUACUUCUGACUGCUCUGCUCGCCCAUCAUAUUUACAAAACCUUGUUUGAGAGUCCCUUUUUCUUCAUCGAUGAUAACAUGGUAGAUGGAAGAUAUGUACAGUCAGAGUACCGGGUGGGUCUAGAACUUGUCUACGACAAAGGCCGAUGUUCAAACGAAGAGGAUGCUCAUAUCUGGCGAUCGGAUUUUCUAAGACUCCAAUUACCACCAAUCACCCCCGAGACUUCGGAAGGAGGGAAGAGUCUACGUCGCAUGACUCAAGCUCAGAUAGAUGUGGUCGCAAAUCGACAAACUUUAAAUUUCCUAGAAGGAGCAGCUCAAUAUCUCAUCAGCAAUGAAGACCGAAAAAUAAUAGCAGACAAGCUUGGAGUUAUCUACAGAGAAGCAGCCAAUACUUCGUACAUGCUAUGGACAAGAAGAACAGCUUUGAGAAUCUUUACUUUGAAAACCAUUGGUUCACAGUUCCGUCCAGAAUUCAAACAUCUGGUUCCGCAUUCCUCGGUAGACUAUGAGAAACACGACGAUCAACUGAGAGGAAGAGCAAUCAGUAUCGUUGUGCAUCCACUCGUAGCAGUCUAUGGCACAGAUGAUGCAAAGGAUUAUGAUCACAAUCGUGUGUGGGCACCAGCGGAAGUAUGGCUCAAUAGUUGAGAUUCAUCUGCAGAUGUAUCUAUGGAAUGGCUUUUUUCUUGGCUCCCGCUCUGAUGAGUGAUAUAUGGCAGUGGGUCAAGGGUGGACGAUGGGCAGCAGAUUCAUGAAGGCUGAGAGAAAACAAGCAAAAUGGUACUAGACAUCGAGAUUCUAGCAAAUAUUCCAGAAGAUAUUCCCAAAAGCGUUGAUAUUACAAUUGCAAUAGUCUAUAGCUACAGCAAAAUGCAUGAAUCUCAUAACA